GGCACAUGCUUUGACACCAUGAAGAUACUUGGUCUGAUGUUUCUCAUCACUGUGAGUGUGCAGCUUCAAUGUGAUAGAAGACAAAUCAAGGCAACCAUUGGGGAAGAGUUAACUAUGGCCUGCAGCUAUGACCAAAUGUAUCGGUACAAUAAAAAAUACUGGUGCAGAGGUAGCUCAAGAAGAACCUGUGAUGUUUUAUCGGACUCUGACAAUAUUGUCAAAACAGAAAGCAAACGUUUCCGCAUCCUCCAUUAUACAAGUAGAAGGCUCUUUGUUGAAAUCAGGGCUCUGCGUUUGGAAGAUACUGGAGUGUACUGGGUUGGCAUUGAAAAACCCUAUGCAGACAUUAUGGUCUCGGUUGACAUGGAGGUCACUGAAGUGCCCGUCUCCAAACCUGACCUUUGGCCCUUGGUCCCUCUGGCACAUACGUGCUGGGGUCGCCCAGUGACAGUGCGCUGUAGUUGCACCCGGGGAAGCAGUGUGGGUUACGCCUGGUAUCAGCACAGCCAGCGGCAGAACACACCACUCCUCAGCCUGGCUGAGUCUGACCUACGUCUGGACUGUGCCAAUGUGGAAGGGGACAGCCAUUUCUACUGUAGGGCCAAUAACACAAUAAGCAGUCAGACAAGUUCUUCUCUCUCUGUGGAGGUUCUGGUGGUGGCAGCGGUCAACUGUAGCUAUGUCAUUCAUAUUCAAGACUACCCUAUGUAUCAGUGUGCUCUACCUACACCUACACCCCCUGUAACCGAUGGUCCCCAAUCUACCCAAAUGACUAGGUCAGAGGUCAUGCACCAGACUGUUAACAUUAAUGGAACAGAUCAACCGAUAGACAGCAGCACAUGGAUGGGAUUCUCAUUGUGGUACACCGUGCUGCGUUGGACUUUGUUAGCCGUCUUGAUGGCAUGCUUGUGCGUGACAAGGAUAGUGCAUAUGAAGUAAUUUUUAUCUGUCACAACUCUGCCUUUAUCGCUACAAUGAUAAGGGUCAGAACAAUAUUCCAAUUAAGCCUCGACGGUGAGCAAGACAACAUCUAUUUAUUAUGUCUGAGUAUUAUGAUUAUCUGAUGUGUGCAGUUUUAAACUGUAAAUAGAUUUCACAAAUUGAAUAGUAACAUCUAUCAAGAUUUUUAACAGAUAUGACAACCUUUUGCCAGCAAUAAGUGAAGAAUAAAGUUGUUUUGAAUUGUAAUAUAUAAUGUGUAUCGAUGUAUAUAUUGUGGCGACUCCUAGGGGGGUCACGCCGGGGAUUCUGGGGAUCCGUGAUGCCGGUUGGGAAAAAGGGGUUUUAAUGUCUUUUUGUGUUGGGGUUAACGGGUUUGGGGUGUGUGGUCGGUAGAGUGUUUGUUGUGGAGUGUUACUUGUUGUGUGUAGUGUUACCGGUGUGAGUACCAGAUGUGUUCGGCUGCCAGAUCGGCUCGGGGUCCUGCUCUUACAGAUGACGUAUCGACACUUGACGUAUCGACCCAAGCCAACGGACAAAACCCGGAAGGGUUGUUUAUAAACGUGCUCAAUCAGUUCUGGUUUUGAUUUCAUUGAACGGAGCCCGUUCUCUCACAAAGCCAUUGGAAACACGUCUAAAAGCACUGAUGAAUGCAUAUUUUUAUUUUCACAUAUGUUAAAGUAAGGAUUGGCAUUGUUAAAGUUAGAUAUUGAGACAGUAUUUUCUAGUUUCUAUUAACUGAAAAUGAACACCUGGGACAGUCAUAUGAUUGAGAUUUUAUUUGCUCAUACAAAACAGAAUAAAUAAGACAAUUGAUACAACUGAGGAACAGCUAAAUGCAAAUCCAUAAAAAACGGCAUGUUUAGAUCCCAUGGUGAAUUGAGGAUGAAUUCAUGAAUGUGUUCAUAUUAGAUAUUCAUCCUAUUCCUUGAAAACUGAUUAUUUUUUUAUGAUUUUCAGAUGUUCAAUAAAUUGUAUCCCUAUACAACUAAUGACAAUAAAAAAUUAAAAAAUUUUCUCGUUUCCACUAGGGGUAUCUUUGCUCUAUAAUUUAACAAACAUCUGUAAAAUAGUAAAAAUGUCAAGGUAGGCCUAAAAGAAUGUAUAUAAUGUGUUACCACAUUCAUGAAUAUAUCCUAAAUUGGCCGUGGGAUCAAAACAUGAUGUUUUUCAUGGAUUUACAUUGAGCUGUAUGUGUAUGUGAAUUGCAGUGUAUGUGUUUGGAUACACACACGGGCACACACACUGAAAUAUUUGUAUAUUAUGAUAUCAUUUUUUAUUCAUGUGGCCUGCAGUAGCGAUAUCGCACAGGUGAUUCCCACCGGCUCUGAAAACAACAGUCAUCAAGCCAUAUCUAACUUACAAUUUUAAAGCAAAAUCAUUGAAAAAGCUGUUUAUCAACAGCUAAAUAACUACUUCAAUCACUGGAUGUGCCAAAUUGUCUUCAAUUGAACAAUGAAAAAACUGAAGUAAUGGUCUUUGGUGCAAGGGAUGAACAAUUAAAAGUCAGUGCACAGCUGUUAUGUUAGAAAGCACACACCAAGACAGAAAUCUUGGUGUAGUCAU